UUCUAUUGGAGCCCGAGGAUUUCAUUUGUUAGCUAAACAGAACACCAACAUUAUAUCAAAGAGACUACAAACACAGAGAGUAAAUGCUGUCUUAACUUCAAUUUUAUUUUCGGUACUGUCUAAAUAUAUCUUUUGCUUGUAUCGUAAGUUUGCUUCCUGAGACAUUCUUUUUCUGAAACUUUUAUCUCAUUCGAGGCCUUUUCUAUCCAAUAUAACAUUAAUAGUUCAACGAAAAAGAGAAAUACGCCAUUGCAAAUAAUAUCAUUAAAGUAUUACUCCAAAAGAAAAAGAUGCAGUAUUAUAAUCAUAGACAACGUUUAGAUUGGCUUAAUGUUGAAGAGAAAACCAAAGUUGUGACUCCUAUAAUAAAAAUGGAUAAGGUAUUUCAACGCAUAAGACAAACCUCUACAGAAAACUUGGUUAUUAUCAACUUGGGACUAAACAUUCCAGAAAUGGUAAAUAGAACUUCGUUAUAUAGUGAACAUUUUUUUGCAGCAGGUACAGAUACCUGGUAUCUCGAGUUAAAGCCAUCUAAUUGCAGUCACAUGUAUUUAAAUUUAUGUAAUGACAACACUCAUCGAUAUAAAGUAAUGUUUCUACGUUUCACCUCUGCUGUAUUCAAUUUAGAAGAAAAAGUUCUCCAUAGUUGCAAUUCUGGUGCUUACGUAAUUUAUCCAACCGAUUUCCCGUUUGAUUUGCUAAAAUGGUCCAUGAAAAAAUUCCAAGUUGUCAGCUGUCCCAUAAGAAUCACGUGUUGGUUGGAAAUCUCAAAUGUUCAAAAAUCAUUUGUACCAUCCGUUUUGAAACAUGACGUUGCUAGGUUUGAGUCUCUAAGAACAGUAGUUGAUGACUUAAAAAUUGGUCUAAGCAAUCCGGUGGAUGCAGAUGUCAUUUUUCGUAUCAAGGGCAUCAGUAUCAUCAAAGCUCAUAAACAUAUACUUCGUAUGAGGUCUCCAGUAUUCAAUAACAUGAUUGCACAAGUGGAUGGUAAAGAGAUUGUAAUUGAUAUUAAAGAUAUAAGUGCAGCAGCCAUGACAGAGCUUGUGUCUUACAUUUACACUGGAUCCAAAAAUGUCCUGGGAUUUCGAGAUACUUUGGAUCUCUACUACGCAUCUGGUAAAUAUGAAAUUAAAUACUUGAAGGAUGAUUGCAGGAAUGAUUUGCUGUGCCAUCUUCAAAUCGAUAAUGCAUGUGAUUUGUUCGUUUUUGCGUAUCAUCAUAGCGAUCAGCUCUUGGAAGAUGAAAUAGUAAGCUUUUUGAACAAUAAUUUCGAAGCAGUAGUAAAUUCUAAAUCGUUUGAACAGCUGUCCAAAAGUAAUAACAUAGUGCAGUCACUUUUGCGUCAAUAUUUUCAGAAAUAUUCGAAUCAAUAAUUUAAAUUUACAUUACAAUUUCAAAAAAUAUCUACGUUUUAUAAAAGCGCAAUUGUUCUUCCAAUUAGUAAUGUAUUUCCUACAACAAAGCUGAUAAACAUGUAAUCAAGGUAUUUUUCAUGGUUGACCGAAAUAUAAUAAAUAUAAAUUGUGUUUUUCAAA